UUUGACGCAGGUGAUUCGAAAGUUUGCAAAGCAACUGGAUGAGUGGCUGAAAGUAGCUCUCCACGAUUUACCAGAAAACCUACGAAAUAUCAAAUUUGAAUUGUCCAGAAGAUUCUCACAAAUACUCCGGCGACAGACAUCACUAAAUCAUCUCUGCCAAGCAUCAAGAACGGUGAUCCACAGUGCAGACAUCACAUUUCAAAUGCUGGAGGACUGGAGGAAUGUGGAUCUGAAUAGCAUUACCAAACAAACCCUAUAUACUAUGGAGGACUCACGGGAGGAACACAGAAAGCUCAUCAUACAGUUGUAUCAGGAGUUUGAUCACCUUCUGGAGGAGCAGUCCCCCAUUGAGUCGUACAUCGAGUGGCUGGAUUCCAUGGUGGACAGAUGUGUUGUAAAGGUAGCUGCCAAGAGACAAGGCUCUUUGAAGAAGGUAGCUCAGCAGUUCCUCCUGAUGUGGUCCUGUUUUGGCACUCGAGUGAUUCGGGACAUGACUUUGCACAGUGCACCCAGCUUUGGGUCUUUUCACCUUAUUCACUUGAUGUUUGAUGACUACGUAUUGUACCUGCUAGAAUCACUCCAUUGUCAGGAGAGAGCUAAUGAGCUAAUGAGGGCAAUGAAAGGAGAAGCAAGUACAGCAGAAAUACGAGAAGAAAUUAUUCUGAGUGAACCAGCUCCUCCAACUCCCUCCCCAGUGCCGUUCUCCCCAGCUAAAUCUGCCACCUCAGUGGAAGUGCCCUCUGCCCCCUCACCUGUCAGCAAUCAGUCCCCAGAGUAUGGUGGCAUAACAGCUACAACAGGGGCUAUGCAAUCCUAUACGUGGUCACUCACCUACACUGUGACAACAGCUGCUGGGUCACCUGCUGAAAAUUCCCAACAGCUGCCCUGCAUGAGAAGUCCACAUGUACCAUCAUCGUCUGUCACACACCGGAUACCUGUUUAUCCCCACAGAGAAGAACAUGGAUACACAGGAAGUUACAACUAUGGUAGCUAUAGCAACCAGCAUCCCCAUCCAAUGCAGAGUCAGUAUCCAUCCUUACCACAUGAUACUGCUAUUUCUGGACCACUUCACUACUCAGCUUACCACAGAAGCUCUUCACAGUACCCUUUCAACAGCCCAACAUCAAGAAUGGAGCCCUGUUUGAUGAGCAGUACUCCAAGGCUGCAUCCCACACCAGUGACUCCUCGCUGGCCAGAGGUCCCAGCCGCAAACUCCUGCUACACGAGCCCAUCCAUGCACUCCACAAGAUAUGGAAAUUCUAGUGACAUGUACACCCCCUUGACUACGCGCAGAAAUUCUGAAUAUGAGCACAUGCAACACUUUCCUGGCUUUGCCUACAUCAAUGGGGAAGCCACCACAGGUUGGGCUAAAUGAAAAUGACUCCUAUCAGCUAAGCCCAUAUACUUAAAAGAGUUAUCAAAACUUCAUGUUAUGUGGGACUUUUCAUGGACAUUCUUCAAGGAAGGUGAAGAUGGAAAAUAUCCUGGGCAGAUAAAGGUAGUUCAUAAUGUGGGCAGAUUGCAGACCA